UAAAAUUUGUACUAACACUUGCCAGAGCCAGUCAUGUCUACCAAAAAUGUAUAUCUUUUGAAAUAACACGAAACUCAAUAUCUUUUUUGCUGUGUAAAUCGACACCAGCAAUUCAGCGAACGCGUUGGAUGAGGCCGAAAGCGAAACCAGACGACCUUGUCUCGAUGCGUUGGGUUGCGGUUAGGUUACGCAAUGGAUGAGGGCAAGAAAAAAGCAGCAGAAGCGGCCGCAGCUGCCAAAGAAGCUGCAGCCUCAGCUGCUCAGGCGGCCAAGACGAAGGCGGCAGGAGCCGCAGGAUCAGCAAAGGAAGCGGCAGGAGCAGCAGCCACGGCGGCCAAGGAUAAGGCAGGAGCAGCAGCAGCAGCAGCCAAAGAGAAGGCCGCAGGAGCAGCAGUGGCAGUGCAGCAGAGCGCAUCAAGUGCUGCCAUUGCAGCCAGGGAAAAGGCAUCCAAUGCAGCCGAGUUCACCAAAGAAAAGGCAACAGCCGCAGCAGCUGCAGCUAGGGAAGCUGCAACAUCGGCGGCAUCGACAGUCAGGGAAAAAUCCGCAGCAGCAGCCGUUGCUGUCAGGGAUAAGGCAUCAGCGACAGCAAUUGCUGUCAGGGAUUCGGUGACUGCAGUAGCAGUUGCAGCACAAGGCGCAGCAGCAGCAGCUAAGGACAAAGUCGCCACUGCAGCAGCAAGUGCGGCAGCAACUGCUAAGUCCAAAGUCACAAGGCAGAGCCAGGAUGAAGUCUAGUAAAAAGUGGAAACCCAUUGGCAAUAUGCGUUGCAGAUAGCUUGAAGCUGCCACACAAUAAAAUACAACUCCACACAAAUGGCUGGACAUCAGCAGCAGUAGCAGUAGCAGCAGCAGCAGCAGCAUCCCCCGCAGCAACGCAAAUAGCAGCAGCAGCAGAUGGUCCGAUGGGAAAGCAGAGGCCGCAGGCAAAUGAAGGUACAGAUAACCGGUUGGGCCCAUUCAAAAAUUGUAUACCCAUAGCCGGUUGAGCGAGAAGAUUGUCAUUUGAGCCAACUGUGACCUCUACUCUGGACCAAAGCCUAGCCCCCACCCCACCAUCCCGUCUGACUCCAGCAACCACAAAUUACUCAAGAAAAUCAAAAGUCAAGCCUGUCUGCAGAUUAGCAUCGUUAAUUAUUCAUAGUAAAUCAAAGCGUUCUCCAAAUGCCAGAGACACAAGUAAACUUUGUAAA